AGUAUUGUUUAAACGAGUAAUAAAAGCCCAUCGAGUGGUUUACAAAGGCUCCGCAUUAUUGCACGUGUUCUGUGCAACAUGGCAAUAAUUUUCAGCGUUAGCCUGCUGGCGCUUUGUGCGUUGGUCCUGCCUACAAACGGACAACAAGCGGAACCGCAAUUGGCGAGCGUAAAGACGGGAGGGCCAGGUUUGGGACCUCAAAACCCGGGUACACAGUUGCUACCAGGGCCAGGCAGAGCUCCAGAUUUGAGAAAACGUUGCCCACGCGGUAAGGUCUACAAGGAGUGCGUGAGCAGCACCUGUGGCGAGUACAAAUGCAAGCACCUUUACCGAUUUCGAGAGAGGAAAUGCACAGCUGACUGCCGGUCUGGUUGCUUCUGCGCAUGGCCUUUCUUCAAGAACAAUGACGGACGCUGUGUGCCAUUCUGGCAGUGCUACACCUACACAUUCGGCAGAUGGUUCGGACGACGUCCUUCGGUUGGCAGGAACCAAGGCGGUGAACAACCUGGCAGCUCGAGCUCAGCUACUGGACCCAGCCCCUCUGGUGCAGUAUCAGGACCGCAGCCUGGGGUUUCCAAUAACGUGGUUAGCCAAUUGCCUGGUAGGUCAGGCCAAUUGACUGGUCAGAGGCCUGGUAGUCAACCAGCCGUACCAGGAUUGCAGCCUGAAGGCGGUUGGAACAGCAGUGAAUAGCUUAGACAAUGGAGUUUGGAGCGGUGGGCCUGACGAAUACCUUGCAAAAGUUUGGGGGGUGC